AUGACAAAUCCAAGGAAAUUUGCUGAGAAAAUUGCCUUAAUGCAACAAAAAGCUGCUGAGGGUGAUGCGGCUUUUUCAAAAAUUAUUUAUGAGGUCGAAGCAGCAAAACAACCUGUGCAUCUUUAUGAUUCACAAUCUUCGGAUCAUCAUUUACAACAGCAACCGCAAUUUCAGCAAUUUCACAUAAAUAAUAACUGUCAUAUAUUCGAUCAAAGUGACAACAGUCAGCCUUACAACGAUUUCAUGCAAACCAACAAUAAUAUCAACACAAUUCAUCAUGUUCCAAAUACAACCAAUACCAUACGUUGCGGGAAUGUUCUCAUGUUACCAACGAGCCAACAUCCGCCACAUGGUGGUUCAUUGCCGGAUUUAUCAUCAUUUCAACAUCAGUCAAGCAUGUCUCAUCGUCAACAACAAUCUUAUUCGUCAACGCCUUUAUCAUCUUCACUAUAUUCUCAACAAUUUCAUCACAUUCAACCACGAUCAUCUAAUCAUCGAAAUAAAUCAUCUAUAUCAGAUGAUUUGUUUUCAUUAGGUCCUCAACAACAACUCACAUCGAAUAUUGGACCAGUCAAAGGACCGAGUCCAGGUAUUCGUCGAAGACAUAGUCCAAUAGGUGACGGCAAGAUCACUUCACCAAGAAGACAAAAUUCUCCAUCUCCUGAUGUCUGUUCGAAUCAACAAACUAUCUAUCGUGUUGAACCAUCAAGUCCACAAUCUCAAAGUAGUUACUCACCUCAAGGCUCACCACACUUAUUAUCAAGCCCUGCAAAUGAUAUGGGUCCGUUUUCGCCACAAGAUAAUAAUCAACCCUACUUUACUUUACCGAACCAGUUUGAUCAAAUAAGUUUGGAGGGAUCUUUUGUUUUUGCGCAAGGAUCGUCCAAUACAUCCCAUAACCACUUAAAUUCUUCUAAUGGUGGUCCAUAUACAAAUUCCCAUCAAUCAACAUCAGCAACGUCUUCAACAACGCAUAACUUAAAUUGUUUGCGGCCGAGAACAUUUUUUCCAACAUUUAUCGAUGAUUUGAGUCCUUAUUGCCAGUCCCAAACAGUGAUGACCGUGUCGACAAAGACUAGUCAAAAGUCUCCAACUAUUCCAAAUAUUAUUCUUACUGAUGCUGACAGUUCAAAAUCUGAUUUAUCAAAAGAUUUAAGUGAUUUUUCAAAUUCUUUUGAAAAUUUAUUGAAUUCAGAUGACUUAUUGGAUGAUAAUGAUUUUGUAAGGAAACUUUUGUUUGAAAAGUAA